AUGGCUGUAACCCGCAAUGCUUGGCGAUCGUCGGCUGCCCAGAGCUCUCGUCGUCGCAACCCCGGGCGCACAUCUGGCCCGCCAUCUUCUCAUCGGCCAACCUCGUCCAAUGACCCGACUGACUCCGAGCAAGACCACGACUCGCAAGUGACUGCAUCGCCUCAGGCGGCCACUACGGGAACCCGUCCCACCCCUAAUAUCAGCGACGCAGACUCCAGCCCGCCUCCCUCACCACCCGCCUCUACUUCCAAACACAGCCGCUCCUUGCGAACAAGAGCUGCUGGUGAGAAGCCCAAGAGCAAGGGUGCACGUCACAUGCUUCGCCCAAGUAGUGGCAAGGCUUCACGACAUGAAUCCAUCUCACCGACCAAACGGCGCAAGCUGUCGUCGCUUCAGUGCCAAGAAGCCCCAACAGGUGUCACCCCAGAUUGGAGAGAUCCGCGUAUCCCCUUCGCGUGCUGGGCCGACAUCUUUCUCUACGCCGCCAGCCUUGGCACGGCAGAUGGCCUGGCCACCAGCUGGCUUGUUCAUGCUGCCACUACUUGCCGCAAUUUCGCUGAGCCAGCGCUCACUGCGCUUUAUCGCUGCCCUCUGAUCAAGCAAGCCUCCAAAGCCAAGCGUCUUGCCGCGCUGCUUGAGCGCCCGCCCUCGGAAACCUUGUUCAAAUACCGAGUCAAGAUCGAAGUUCUGCACAUCAACAUCCACAUCGUCCCUCAGGCUAUUUUGCCUCAGCUGAUUCACCCACUCAGUCGCCUUCAAGAAUUGACCAUCUACACUCCAGCGGACCAGCCGCCGUAUCGUCAGCUUGACAGGAAUCUCAGGUGGCAUUACACUGAGGACAUCUUCCGUGCGUUGGCGGCUGAUAGAGACGGGCCAGGUGAGAAAUGGUUCCCAACGAUGCUUAAGAGCUGGGAAUGGAGUGGAAGGUUCAUCGGCGGAUGCGUCCCCAGUGUCCAAGCCAUGGGCGAUGUGCACCAGACGCCGCCGUUCUCCCAGCUCACAAAGCUGAGCCUCACAAACUUUCAAGUGCCAUCUCUGAGAAACUUGCAGCAAAAGUCGGAGAGCGAGGAAGAAGAGCUGCGGGCUGAUCAUGAAGAUGGCUUGAUGAUUGAAUCUGUUGCACAUGCCAUAUCGCAGCUGGCUCGCCUCAAGCAUCUUGUUUUUGAGUCGUCGACCGUAUUGAACCACCGUCUGCUGCCACUCCUGCCAAAGCAGCUUGCUCAUCUGGAACUCAUCAACUGCUGGGAGGUCAAGUCGGAGGACCUUGCUGAAUUCCUGCGUACGCACGGCGGCAAUCUGCGCACGCUGACAUUGCUGCAUAACCAAUCGUUGGACUUGGGCUUCUUGACUACUCUGUCCGAGACUUGCCCCAGCCUCCGAGAGUUGCACAUGAACCUAUCGUAUUACCGCCAUCACGACUGCGUCAACGACGCCGACCCCAUGUACGACCAGGCCCUACUCCCGAGUCAAGUCCCCACAUGGCCGCCAAGUCUCCGGGUGAUAGACAUCGAGCACGUUCGGGACUGGUCCGCCGAGGCUGCAGAAACCUGUCUCCAAUCACUUAUCGAUAACGCCGGGAACCUGCCCCAUCUUCGUCACCUCGCCAUCAAGUCCACGCUCGACAUACCCUGGCAAGCCCGUGCCACCAUGCGCCGCGAGUGGCGCGCAAGGAUGGAAAAAGUGUUCCUCCGCCCCUUGGCCUGUCCAGAGUCACACGCGACCAUGCGCCCGCUGCCCGCCGAGACGGAGGAGCCGCCGAGGAAGCGGAAGAGGAGCAGUGGGCCGCCAAGCCCGCCCUCUCGCCGAAGCGGAAGACUGGCCGCCCAGGCUGACGGUCACACAGCCGAGGUGGCCAAGUCUCUCCGGCGACAGCGUCGACAGCUCUCGUACAGGGAUCCCGACACUGACGAAGACGAGGCUGAGCUCAGCCAAGAGACUGACGACGCCGCCCCUGACGAUACCGCCGCCGAUGGGGCACGGUCCUCUGGCGGCCACGGCGACCUGGUCGUUCAAGGUUUCUGCAAGACAGUCAACCUGCAAUUCGACAAUCAAAAAGUUCGUGAGCUGCAGUAUGGCAUGGAAGACUUUCUCGACGACGGCGACACCGAAUCCGAGGACGAGUGGCAAGAGGACGACGACGACGACGAGUCCAUCGUCAUCUUUCGCUGA